AUGUGGUUAUUCUGUUGCAAAAACCAAGUCGGCCGUAACGUCGAGCAGCCGAAUCAGCAGAAUAUCAUAGGAGUUGGGCAAUUCACCGUUGUGCAUAGACUCAACAACAGCAUUGUUCGAAAGGUCCCAGUAGAUAAGGCAGACAUCUACAACACCCGCGCGGUCGAGAUCGAAGCUCAAGUCUAUCGCCACCUCGGACGACACAAACGCAUCGCGCGAUGUCUACAAUGCAGCGAGGAUUAUAUUGAUCUACGAUACGAGGCAAAAGGCGACCUAGAGUCAUAUCUGAGCCAUCAUUGUGUAAGUGAUCGCUUCAGAUAUCGGAUGGCUCGGCAGGCUGUAAAAGCAGUCAUCUUCAUUCAUGGGAAAGGCGUCAUUCACUCCGACCUUUCCGCUCGACAGUACCUCGUUGAUAAACGGUACAGCGCUAGGUUAUCCGACUUUGGUGGAUCAUCAUUGCAGGGCUCGGAUGCUAUUAUCAUGGAGAACGCGACACAUUUUCUGCCUAGGGAUGAAGAUGCGCCCAACACCGUGCAAAGUGAUAUAUUUGCCCUCGGGUCGACUCUUUACGAGAUACUGGUCGGUCGCAAACCUUACGAGGGAUUGGAAGACGAAAAGAUCCAACAAUUGUAUUUGAACAAAACGUUUCCUUCACUAGACGAGAUAAGAUCUGUGUCAUGGCGGACCAUCAUCCUCAAAUGCUGGAUGAGCGAGUAUAAAGUCGCUUCAGAUAUUCUGAAAGAUGUCACAAUCCCCCCUCUGAUCUCGCACAUCUUCUCCUGGCGCAACUCUCGCACUAUACGCACAAAUUGA